GGACACGGGAGUUGAAUAGAAUUGAAAAAUUAGAACAUUCAAAUUUUGAAUAUUUUUUUUAAAAUUUAUAACAAUGUAUCUACAAUUUAUGAAAGCGGUAAUAUUUGUUCAGCUAGUUUCGUCAGCUCAAAGUCAGCAGUGCCGUCAAGGAUGUAAAUGUUCGUCAAAAGUAACAAUAUGUGCAUUCACCCAAAUAAGUGGAGUUCCAAACAAUCUCCCGACAGCAAUCACAGCGUUGACAAUUUCAGGCAGCGUAUCAAGUCCAAAUUCAUUUGGGCAUCUCAGUCCGUCUGCGUUUUCAUCUUCCAGAAUGUCCCAUUUAAUAAUGAGGUAUUGUGGGAUUGAUGCAGUGGACGCUGGAGCAUUUAGAACAUUACCCGAAUUGAAAAGAUUGAAUUUAGAGUUCAACAAAAUUCAGACAUUAACACAGACAUCAUUUCAAGGAUUAACAAAGUUAACAGCACUCGAUCUGACGGGAAAUAUAAACUGUGACAUUAAACCGAAUACAUUUGAUGGAUUAUCAACUUUAUUAGAGCUACGCUUAGGUGAAAUGGACUUGGAUACGCUUGAUUUAAUUUUGCUAAAACCGUUGCAAAGUCUUACCACUCUCGAUCUUCAUGGCAAUAAAUUAAAAACACUGGACUGGACUGUUCUAUCGUCGCUGACAAAUUUGAAGCAUGUUGAUCUUUCCGGAAAUCAAUUAACAACAAUUCCAUCUAAUGUGUCGUCACUAUUCACACAAAUAGUGACAAAGAAGGGGAGCAUACAUCUUGGAAAUAACCCUUGGAAAUGUAACUGGGAAAUCAAAUGGCUGAAAAACAUGUCAGUGUCCUUCAGUUCCGUGUUCAGUAUAGGAAACAUUAUUUGCGAUUCACCGGCAAAUCUUCAAUACAUUUCAUUAAUCAAUGUUCCUGAUCCUAAACUAGAUCCGAUACUUCCAAAAAUUUUAUAUUGUGACAAAACAAAAGUAACAGUGAAUGAAGGUUCGUCUGUAUUUAUAAACUGUACGAUAAAAGGCGAUUCAAUAACUGUCAAGUGGAUAAAUCCGACUGGAACCCCGUUCUCGUCUUCCUCUUUACAACAAAAUGGACAUAACGUGGACGUGAACGGUAGUUUGUAUAUUGCUGGCACUUCAUCAGCCGACCGUGGCAACUGGACGUUAUCGGUAUCAUCGAAGUUCGGCGAAGAUGAAAGGACUGUUGAUGUUAAUGUAAUUUUAUCAACAACAACAACAACAACAACGACGACAACUACAACAACCACAACAACCACACCGGCACCAACAACAAUUACAACAACGCUGCCAACUACAACGCCAACUACGACGCCGACAACUACGAGGAUGGUAACGACAACUAUGUCAACAGCAUCGUCUACGAUUUUGACAAUGUCGACUGUUCCUUCACAAACCAAGGAACCAGAAUCACCGGAAGCGCCAAAUAUGUUAAUGUAUUACGCAGCAGGUGGUGGUGGUGGAUUUUUAUUGUUGUUGAUCACUAUAAUUAUAUGUUGUUUAAAAUGUAAGAAAUCUGGACAUGUAAAUGAUGCUGAACGAUUUGAUUCUGUGAAAACACCGCGGAAAACACCAAGACCUAGAAGGGUUAAUGUGGCUCCACGAGCAAAUAGUUUGAAACAUGCUUACUAUUGAGUUUUCUCCUGAUUAUCGUAAAGUUGAGAGACUAGCAGCUCAGUUUGCAUUAUUCAUUUAUCAUUAUCAUUGCCAUUGCAUUACGUAUGAUAUAAAUCGAAUGGCGUCUAAAUUGUGUGUCUUUCUAUAAGACUUCAGAGUUUGGUCUAUCUAUUAGCUAUUGUUUUGAGUACGGCAAAUUGUGUAAAAAAGCUCAUCUCAAUUAAAACAAAAUUAAAAACAAAAUGUCGACGGAAAUGUUAGUUUCAGUUAUUAUAAAAUCAAUUAUGCCAUCAGAUAACUACUUCGUCACUUUUGUGCGUUGCAUUAGUAUUUUUACUUAGACCACGUCCCUGGACCAAGUGCAAAAAUGAUCCCAAAAUUUUAUUUUUAAAUAUC